GUAGUAGCCCCAAAUGAAAAAAAACUCACAAACAAAAAGAACAGUUUUAUUUAUCUGCCUAAAGUUGCAACCUUUAAUUUGAGUCUGCUCCUAAUUCACACUACACACUGACCCUGCUUUGUUAAGUCAAAUUUAUACAUACAUAUACAUAUAUACACACAAACCCCAUUUCACCUAACAGUGUUCAACCCCACUUGGGCUUCUUGAAUUGUCAAUUUAAGAUGAUGGGCUAGCUGGGUUUUGGUCAUUUUAAGCUCUUGAGGAUAAAGGAUACCAAGUACACUGUAUAAGUAUCUCAGGAACGGAAACAAUGACUUCAUCUACUGCUCCCCCUCUUUCCCAUGAACCUGAUAAUUAUGAUGAGUUUUCUAUGCACCAGGACUUGCUCUUUUCAGAUAGUCUUAAGGACUUGAAGAAUUUGAGGAAGCAGCUGUACUCAGCUGCCGAAUAUUUUGAAUUAUCUUACACCAAUGAUGACUCAAGGCAGAUAGUGGUUAGUACUUUGAAAAAUUAUGCCAUUAAAGCUCUUGUCAAUACUGUGGAUCACCUAGGCUCUGCGAGCUACAAAGUUAAUGACUUUCUGGAUGAAAAAGUUAACGAAGUUACUGGAACAGAGAUAUUUGUAUCUUCCAUUGAACAGAGAGUAAGGACUUGCCAGACGCAUAUUGAUCAAGAGGGGCUCUCUCAGCAGUCACUGGUGAUAAAUACCCCGAAAUAUCACAAGCAUUAUAUAUUACCAGCUGGAGAGAUCAUGCACGGUACAAACCAGUCUAAAACCAAAGAUGAAGAGAGUGUUAUGGAUAGUGAAGAUCACUGGCAUGAUAUUAAGAAUGUUGUUCGAGCAACAAUAGUAGAAAACCAACCAUCUUUAGUCAGAAAAGGGCGAUCUCAAUCACCUUCUCAGCGACCAUCUCGGCAAUCUGGGAACAUUUUAUCCAAUGGACGAGGAACAACAGUAGAACACCAACCUUCUUUGGUCAGAAAAGGGCGAUCUCAGUCACCUUCUCAGCGACCACAACAACCUGGGAACUUUUCAUCUAAUGAAAACAUGUCUAAAAAGGAUCAUGUGGUGCAAGAGAAGCGAACAGUUUCACCACACCGAUUUCCACUUUUACGUACUGGAUCCCUCUCUAGCAGGCCAACCGCUCCAAAUUCAAGAGCCACAACUCCAACUCCAUUAUCAAGAUCAACUACACAAGAUUUGAGUAGAUCCGCCACACCAAAUUUGAGUAGAUCUACAACACCAAAUUCUAGACAAGGGUAUCCUUCUGAGCCUCGAAAAUCAGCUUCAAUGCGCCUCCCUUCAGAUAGAGGAAGCCCAAAAGAGAACAAUCCAAUCCCUACCAAGGGUAAACGUCUGCUUAAGGCGUUGCUUAGUAGACGCAAGUCAAAGAAAGAUGAAACAUUAUACACUUACUUAGACGAAUACUAGAUGUAUUAUAACAAAGGCAAGAUGACUAGAAGGUUCAUUAGCAAAUACCAACUUCAAUUUGUGCCGAUCACUUUGUAUCUUCAUGUUGUUUAUACAAAGUUGGUGGUAACUAGUGAGCAUUAUAUGUUUAUUAAAAGUAAAUUAUUGAAAUUCAUUAAUCUUCGAUUGUUCUCCCAA